CAAAUCAUAUCGAAUAGAAGACCAAGUUUAGAUCCAAACUUGAUUUGUUUUCUUUCCUCAAGCCAUCACUUGUAGUGUCAAGAUUUACUCAUCAUCCAUUACUCCACCUUCCUCUGCGUCCAUGAACGGCGAGCCCCGCCAUCCUGGCCUUUUGCGUCCUACUAGUCUAUCAAAUGGUGUUACUAUUUCUGGUGCUAGCACUACCACUUCGGACAACUUGCGCUCUCGGAACAAGCGUAGAGAUGAUGCUAUUCGUAAAAAGGUUGAACAAGAACUCUCUCGUCGCACAAUGAAACGCAAUUCUGCAAGUUCUGCUUCGGGCCAGAAGCAUGAUACCCGUCGAACUCGUGUUGGAACAGUGUCUUCGCUUCGACCUGCACCUGCUAUUAUCAUUAUUGAAACUGCCCGGAUCAUUCAAGCUGCACAGCUUAUGGCUGCAAAACGCACUGAUGCUGUUCUUGUUGUUGGAGAGGAUGGUGCACUUGCCGGAAUUCUAACAGACAAAGAUAUUGCUUAUAGGGUUGUUGCUGAAGGAUUGGACAUUCGAACAACUCCAGUUUCUAGUGUUAUGACUCGCGAUCCCAUUGCCGUGUAUGACAAGGGAAGCAGAAACGAAGCCUUGAACAUCAUGGUUUCUCGUCGCUUUCGUCAUUUGCCUGUGAUCAGUGAAACCGGUGGCGGCAAUGAUGAUGAUGACAACGAGUUUGAUGAAGCCGCUGGUGGUACCAGUGUUGUGGGUCUGCUGGAUAUCACAAAAUGUGUCUUUGAACGCAUUGACGAUUUAGAGCGUAAAGUUAAUGAAGAUUUGAACAUCAUUAGCGCUAUGGAGGCAUUGGAACGUCGUGGCACUGUCGCUGCUGAACAUGUUGGCGUGGUUCGUCAACACCAUGGAUGUCCUGACGUUGGUUUUGUAUUGACCCAAACGAUUGGAGGUCAGUUGGAGCAUGGCACAGUUCCAGAAGUAUCCAUCAAAUCAAGUGUCCGGGAUGCUGCACGCAUUAUGAAGGCAUAUCAUACUACUGCUGUAUUGGUAAUUGGAAACAGUAAUGAUGAUGAACAAAUUGGUGGUAUUUUUACUACAAAGGAUAUUGUACUACGUGUUAUUGCUGCAUCUCUCGAUCCGAUGACCACUUCUGUUGUUAGAGUUAUGACCCCACAUCCUGAUUAUGUACUGGCAAGCACAUCUAUUUUAGAUGCUCUUAAAAAGCUUAACACUGGUCACUAUCUCCACUUACCCGUUGUCGAUGGUGGAGUUCCUAUUGGUCUUGUAGACGUAAUGACUCUUACUAUAUCCAUGCUGACUUAUUUGAUGACCAAGGAUCUUGGCACUCAGGAAGGAUCAAUUUCUGAAGACGGUCCAUUAUGGAACAAAUUUUGGAACUCGACAUUUGCAGGAUCUACUAUCGAAACCGAAUCCGACCGUCUUUCGCAAACCUCUGACAGCCGACCAUCUGGAUCCAUCCACUACCAGCCUAGUUCUUCUAGUCAGCAUGCCACUGAAAUGAGCAACAGGCAAUCUUUACAGCUUCAAAGAACGCUGUCACCUCAUCCUGACGAGUAUUCAUCCAUGCUUUCUCGCUCUCAGAUUCAAAAUGAUGAUCCAAAUAUGUUUACAUUCAAGCUUAAGGAUAUGACGCGUACUGGAAAUGGCAAAGUAUUUCGUUUUAGUUCCAGAUUCAACUCUCUUUCCGAGGUAUAUGCCCAAGUGUGUCUUAAAACAGGUGCCAAGUCUCUGAUUUUUGAAGCAGCAGCAACCAGCGGUACUACGCAUAGUAUGCGCUCUGAACACCUCGAUCUUGAAACAAAAGAUGGGGAAAUUGUUCGUAUCUGCUAUAUGGAUGACGAGAAUGAUGUUGUUCAUCUUGAAUCUGACAAGGACGUUGAAGAAGCUGUAUUGAUGUCACGCCGCCUUGGGUUGACUCGUCUGAUGAUUUACCUAGGAGAGCCGUUAUUGCAGAAUGCAGUAACAGAUUCUCAGUACUCUUCAGGAACUGCUACGCCUAAUGUAGGUCACCAUGGUCAAGUUGUUCGUUACGAAGAUUCACAUCAAUCAGUUGUCUCGGAGCAGUCAUUGGUUGAAGGUGGAAACUCUCGCAUAAACCCAGUUGUUGUCUACAACCCCAUAAACGGUGGGCAAGGCCGAGAUCCUCCAGCUAGCAUUGUGGAUUAUUUGAAAGAUGCACCACUUCCUGUCAACAUUGCCAUUUCUGCUGGUAUUAUUGUUGUCGCCUCGUAUCUUAUUAUGAAACUUCAGAGAUGAUGGGAUUGUGAUAUGGAUUGAGAUUUAUAACCCUACUUUGAGUUCAAUUGGCCAUUUGAUGAAUUUAUGAAAGGAAUUAGACCAAGGUUAGUUUUGACGAGGUACAAAGCAACAAUAACUUUAAAGAUAUCACUUCAAGACUUGCUUGUAUGUGGUCUGAGUAGAUGUUUGCUUGCACUUCUUUAUUAAAAAUAAACAACGUUUUGUCCACGUU